AUGGCGAUUGUUCGAGCAGAAACGGCCGGUGUUCCACCCACGCUGACGUCAGUGUCCAAUCCGCCAGCAGUUCCCAUAUUCUGCUGGCGGGAGUUUGCGUGCGGUUGGGGAGCUGCCUUUGUAAACAUCACCGUAACUUACCCGAUCUAUAAGAUGAUCUUUCGGCAGAUGUUGCACGGCGUGCAGUUAACGCAAGCCUUUGGGCAGUUGCGAAGCGAAGGCAUGAUGUAUCUGUACCGUGGCAUUUUUCCACCGCUGGCUCAAAAAUCUAUCUCCCUGUCGCUAAUGUUCGGAGUGUACGAUAGUACCAGAAGACCGCUAGUAGAGUACUGCCAUGUGAAUCCAUAUACCGCCAAAACCGUUGCCGGAAUGGCUGCCGGAACCGUCGAAGCCGUUCUGAUGCCAUUUGAAAGAGUGCAGACGCUGCUAGCGGACGCCACGUAUCACCAAAAGUAUCGCAACACCCAUCAUGCGUUCAAAAUCAUCAUUCUGGAGAACGGCUUCAAAGAGUUGUAUCGAGGACUGGUACCAAUCUUGUGGCGCAAUGGACCUUCCAAUGCUAUGUUCUUCGUGCUGAGGGAAGAAGCCAGUAGUCGAUUGCCAAAACGGGAUUCUAUGAUUUCUCAACGCACGCAGGAAUUUGUUGCAGGUGCCUGCAUCGGGGCGUUCAUUAGUUCAUUAUUCUACCCGUUAAACGUGCUGAAAGUAACCAUGCAGUGUCGGGUAGGAGGACCAUAUGAUGGCAUGUGGACAGCUAUGCUAAAGGUGUACAACAAUCGUGACCGAAAACUACGGAACGUGUACAAGGGCGUUAGCAUGAACUGCACUCGAGCGUUUUUUAGCUGGGGCAUCAUGAAUACAGCGUACGAGCAGCUUAAAAAGGUGUUCUAUUGAGUGCGCUCGUUUGUCAAACGGCUACAAUACUUGACAAAGGGCUGUGUUACAUCGUCAGCGCGCACCAAACCUAUCGAACGGUGUGAUCUCAGACCACAUCUCUACUCUCCAUAACGCACCAUGGAGUAAAAUAUUUAAUCGCCCCUGAUACCGUGUUCUAUCCAUUGCAUUUAAUGCUACUCCUCUCCGGAUUCUUUGUACAGAUUGCUGUAGCCGUUCUCGUUGUUGGGCAGUGGUGCUAUUCAAGUAUUCAAUAAUGUAUUCGCGCGUUUUGUAAAUAUGGAAUUGUAAAUAUUUGUUAGAAGCAGCAAGGUUAAAUUCCGUGUCCCCGGUGUUGGAUGCGAAAAUUACGAUGGCGCCAUUUAUUGUCUAGUUCUAGUGUAGUAAUUUUCUGUAGCAAAAUGUUGCUUUUAGCGCAAAGAAUAUCCCAAAGGAAAUCCCGAUAAUAUUGGGUUGAAUCGUACAAUAAAACGCUGUAGUGUACGAAAGGUGAAUAGGCUACACGCAUAUAUGUGUACAAAAGUUGGAUUUCACUGUUCUGGUUUCAAAGUGGAAAAUGGAAAUAGGUGUGAUCUAAAUACAAUUUGCACCG